AUGCCGGCCUCAGAAAAGGAGGGGACGAACGAAGAUGACAGGCGGGGGUCUUCUGCAAUUGUAGAGGACGACGCGGCCGCCCGGCCACCGCGCGCCCCUCCCAACCCAGCGUCGGUGAAGAUCAACGUCGAGGGCGCGUUUAUUGUCGACGACGAGAUGAAUGCUAAGAAUGGUACAGCAAAUGAACAUGUACAUUGGGAACAUAAGGAUAUUCGGCUGCCACAUCACACUGACGUGGUGAGCCAUGUUGCCGUGGAUAUUGGCGGCUCAUUGGCCAAGCUGGUAUACUUUUCGCGUGAAACUGGUUCAAUGCAUGGCGGCGGACGCUUGAACUUCCUGAACUUCGAGACGGACCGGAUCGACCUCUGCAUUGACUUCAUUCAAGAGCUGAAGAAAACGCAGUUGAAGCUCAAUGGCUCCACCCCACAAGAGUUAUGUGUAAUGGCAACUGGAGGUGGAGCAUAUAAAUUCUACAACCGAAUGAAGGAGGUCCUGCAUGUGGAUGUGGUUCAAGAAGACGAGAUGGAGUGCCUAAUUAUUGUAGGACUGGACUUCUUCAUCACGGAAAUCCCACGAGAGGUCUUUACAUACAGCGAGGAAGAACCGAUGCAGUUCGCCGAUACGCGCGCUGACAUCUACCCGUAUCUCCUGGUGAAUAUUGGAUCUGGCGUCUCAAUGGUCAAGGUAUCCGGGCCUCGAGAAUUCCAGCGUGUGGGCGGUACGUCAUUAGGAGGGGGCACCUUUUGGGGUAUCCUUUCGCUGCUCACUGGAGCUCGUACAUUUGACGAGAUGCUUCGGCUGGCAGAGAAGGGCGACAAUGCCGGUGUCGACAUGCUUGUUGGCGACAUAUAUGGCGGUGGGUACAGCAAGAUUGGGCUCAAGAGCACCACAAUUGCCAGCACCUUCGGCAAAGUGUUUCGCAUGAAGAGACUGGCAGAGAGGCAUGCCGAGGACGGGGAAGGGCUAUUCAAUGGCGAUGAUCUUAGCGAUGACCAUGAGAUGCACGGGCACUUCAAGAUCGAAGACAUGGCCCGAAGCCUGCUGUACGCCAUCUCGAACAACAUUGGUCAGAUUGCGUACCUCCAAUCUGAGAAACACAAUCUUCGGCAUAUAUACUUCGGAGGGUCUUUCAUUCGGGGCCAUACCCAGACCAUGAACACUCUCUCCUACGCUAUCAAGUUCUGGUCCAAGGGUGAGAAGCAAGCGUACUUCCUCCGGCAUGAAGGCUACCUCGGGGCUGUUGGGGCAUUUCUUAAGCGACAACCGAAGAACUGGGGAAGACGCAACAGUUUUGAUGAUAUCAGACUCACGAAGGUCCUGUCAAAAGAAUGA